AUGCCGAAUUUGAAACGCUGCAAGCAGCAAAAAGAUGCCGCAAACCCGAAGAGGCGGAAAACUAAUGGGUAUUACUCAGUCCAAGAUUUCAGCAGCGGCUCCGAGGGAUACAACGAGUCGUUUUCUGCUCCGGUCGAGGUCAACCGGAGCUCUGACAACUUACGGAGGUCGGCUCGAGGUCGAGGUCGCCCGCAACUGCCGUCUUCGGUUGAUUUAUAUGAAAAAAAGCAAGCUAGAGUUACGAAGAAAAAAGUGAAAAAAUCAAACGGUGGAGAUUGCGUGCAUGAUGAAUGUGACAGAAUUUCAAGUAACGUUUUCAUGGACAUGGAGCACAUUGAUUGCAAAAACAAGGAAUGUGAAUCGUCCGAUGUGGAAAGUGGCCGGAAAUCUGUGACCGGCGUGACUGUGGUGUGUAAUGGCAUGGAAGGAACAUAUGUGCCACACCUUCAUAUGGUUGCUUGCAAGUGUGGAACGUGUGGUGAGUCAAAGAUGCAGAGCCUUGGUAAAUGGGAAUGGCACACAGGAUGUAGAGCCAAAAAAUGGAAGCAUAGUGUGAAGGUGAAGGCCACAAUGCUAACACUGGAACAAUGGAUUGCACAGUACCAUGAACAAGGUUUAGAUAAGCAGCAAAUACGUAAUGCCUUAGAACAAAAGUACAAGCCGAUCGAUGCGAAGUGGACAAGUGAAAGAUGUGCGGUUUGUAGAUGGGUUGAAGAUUGGGAAGAUAACAAGAUGAUCAUUUGCAAUAGGUGUCAAAUAGCUGUGCACCAAGAAUGCUAUGGUGCAAAACAUGUUCAGGAUUUUACUUCAUGGGUUUGUAGAGCAUGUGAAACACCUGAGGUCAUUAGAGAGUGUUGUCUAUGUCCUGUGAAAGGAGGUGCUUUGAAGCCUACUGAUGUGGAUACAUUGUGGGUACAUGUUUCUUGUGCUUGGUUUCGGCCCGAAGUAGGGUUCCUGAAUCAUGAGAAGAUGGAACCUGCUGUAGGAAUCCUCAGAAUCCCACCCACUAGUUUUCUGAAGCCUUGUGUGAUUUGUACACAGACUCAUGGUUCCUGCACCACAUGUUGCAAAUGUGACACUCAUUUCCAUGCAAUCUGUGCAUCAAGAGCAGGCUACAGCAUGGAGUUGCAUAGCCAGCUGAAGAAUGGGAAGCAAGUAACAACUAAGUUGAUAUAUUGUGCUGUGCACAGGACCCCCAAUCCAGAAGCUGUUAUCGUCAUUCGUACUCCUUGGGCUGUUUUUGCUGCUAAAAGCUUGCUUCAAAACGAGAAAGGUUUCUUCAGGGCUUCGAGGGUGCCCUCAUCAAACAAGACUGAAGCUCCAGAACCUUCAACCUCCUUAGAGUCUUAUGAGUUAGAAGAACCGCUCUCUGCUGCAAAAUGCCGAGCAAGUUUUAAGGGAGGUGAGCGGCUACCAAUUAUUCAUAGACCAAGGGGAGCAACACAUCAUUCUUUAGACGUAAUAGACAGCUUGAACACACAUAAACUAGUUGAAUAUGAUUCUAAAGCUUUUUCUUCCUUCAAGGAUCGGCUUUCCCACUUGCAGAAAACCGAAGCUCACCGGGUUUGUUUUGGUAAAUCUGGAAUACAUAAAUGGGGACUAUUUGCACGUAGGAACAUACAACAAGGAGAAAUGGUUAUCGAGUAUCGAGGUGAGCAAGUAAGAGGCACCGUUGCAGAUGUGAGGGAAGCAAGGUACAGGCGACAAGGCAAAGAUUGCUAUCUUUUCAAAAUCAGCGAGGAAGUAGUUAUUGAUGCUACAUGUAAAGGAAAUAUAGCAAGGUUGAUUAACCAUUCGUGCAUGCCAAAUUGCUAUUCAAGGAUCAUCAGUGUGGGUGAGCAGAACCGAGUAGUUCUCAUUGCCAAGACUAAUGUUUCGGAAGGUGAAGAACUAACUUACGAUUACUUGUUUGAGCCGGAUGAACGUGACGAGCUGAGAGUUCCCUGUCUAUGUAAAGCUCCCAACUGUAGAAAAUUCUUGUGUUUAGAAGUUAGAAACCACUGCUGGGAUAGAUUUCAAGAGAACAAUACAGGUGUUUAUAGCUCAGAAGCUGUCACUCUAGCCAUAUUCCUGAAUGGGACUCUCAAACUUUUGAAUGCUGAACCUCUGUUGCAGAUGCAACAUUUUCUCAGCCAGGAUGCAAGAGUUGCAGAGGGGAGGGACUACGAGACCUUAGUCAACUACCGUUGCUUCAAAAGCAUGCAUGAAAUAGAUUUGAAGAAAUUGGGGGUGAUUGUUCUGCACAUCCCAUCCUCUGGUAAUACCUAG